UUGGUAGUGUCCUUAUAUUUGUUACCCGGAAAUCCAAUUCAGAAGAACUAGCUGCCAAUCUACGGACACGAGACUUUCAAUUGGGCCUCCUACAUGGUGAUAUGGGACAGUCGGAGAGAAAUGAAAUCAUCAUGUCAUUUAAACGCAAGGAGAUGCCGAUCCUUGUGGCCACAGAUGUAGCAGCACGAGGUUUAGACAUUCCAGCUAUCAGAACUGUGGUGAACUUUGACGUGGCCCGUGACAUAGACACACAUACACACAGAAUAGGGCGAACAGGCCGAGCAGGUGAGAAGGGCUAUGCCUACACCCUAAUCACAGAGAAGGACCAGGAUUUUGCUGGGCCUCUGGUGAGGAACAUGGAGGUAGCUAAUCAGUUUGUGCCUAAAGCAUUGAUGGACCUGGCACAACAGAAUCCCUGGUUCAGUAAAAGUAGAUUCAAGCAAGGAAAGGGCAAGAGACUAAACAUGGGAGGAAAAGGACUAGGUUUCAAAGAGAGGCCAGGAUUAGGGGCAGAUUCGAGUACCAGGACCCAGGACUCCACCAGUCUGGCUAGUUUCCGAGGUGUGGGAUCGUCUGCUGGACCUCAAAGUGACCGUAUGUCUGCCAUGAAACAGGCUUUCUCUGCUCAGUUUAAGUCCAACUUUGUGGCAGCUGCUGAAACUAUUGAACCACAGAAGACUGGUCAUAUCCUUGAACCAAUUAAUGCGACUCGCAAUCCUCCUCCUGCUUCACCCCCGGAGUCUUCAGGGGAAUCCAACAACAAACGCAAAAAACGGUCACGUUGGGACUGAUACUCAAAAGAACGGUCAUGCUGGGAUGGAUGAACUAAGGACUGGAGAUGACAAUCAAUGUGCUGCGUGAUAAUGUCACAAAGUUCAUUAUCUGACAGGUGGGAUCUGGUAUGCAUGAGGUUCAUGGGCUUGCCUAGCCAUCAAUUAAAAAAUGUCUGACAAUCGGCAAGGUCAGUUCCUUCUCUGCAAGAUGUUGUGGCAGCAUAUCGUGGUCUCCGGCUAUCGGACCCUCCAGUGUGAGUUAUUGUUAGCAGAGGUUGGUAAGAGUGACCUUAGCUGUGAAAUGAGGAGAAGAAAUUUGGAUCUGUACUGUAGAGUGUUUCGUGCAUUAUUACACAUUACAUGAUAAUGAAAACACAAAAAUCUAAGUAUUUAAUGUCACAGUCACAUUGUGUCAGAGGCAGAUUUGAUUGAAUUGUGUUGAAGAAAGCCAUAAUCUCCAGAACUGGAAUCCCGUACUGUGUCUUACAAAAGGAACAUUGCUCCUGAGAUUCUGUACAUGGAAGAGAUGGGAGUUUAUGUACCAUUUGAUCUCACUUCAUUCUAGACUUUACAAUAGAAGCUGUAGUGUGCUGUCGAUAUUAAUGGAUUAACUGAAAUAUACAAUAUAGUGCUUCAAGUAUUGUGUAGAAAUCUCAAGGUCUGAGAAACUGAGAAUAUAUCUGAAAAGGUAUGAUAGAAAGUUACUUCAGACUAUUGAAUAUUCAUUGUAGUAGAAUUGAAUCACAACUCAGAAUCGUGAAAAUAUGGCAUGGAUACAGAUAGUUUAUUCAAUAUAUAUUUCCUCAAAAAUUAAAAUGAAAACAAGAUUGUAUUUUAUUUUUUUAUCCGAAAUUCCUUUGAUGAAUCCAGGUGCCAUUCAACUGAGAUAUAGUUCAUGUUGUUAAGUUACAGUAGAAUUGAGUAAAAAGCUUGUGUUGACACACAUCAUCUUGGGCAUUAAAGUUAAAGGGAGACACGUCAAGGUGUGUAAACACUUCCAAUUCAUUGUCAUAGCUUACUAUUAGAUAGUUUGUAUAUAUGUUUAAAUCUUUAUGGCAACUCACAUCAGAUUUGGCGUCUUAUCUAAAGAGAGAUAUGUCAAAAUGUCUGUGGUGAUCACUCAAAGUCUGUUACUACUGUAUAGCGCAUCAUUAAUUAAAUUUAAAUCACUGCCUCCGCUAGGGAUCGAACCCGGGACCUCUGGCUUACUAGUCUUACGCUCAACCAAUCGAACUAAAGAGAAGUUCUAGCCGAGCGAUAUAUUGUGGCUAGUAUUUACCAGGGUUACACACUCCCAUUCAAGGAAAGAACUCGUCCUCAAGUUUUCCAAGGGUAACAGCGAUGCUUGUGGACCAAGGCCGAGUAUUGUCUCCCGGAUCCCUACGUGGGCGCAAAUGUAACGGAGCGCAUGAUUUAUUAAAUUUAAAUCACUGCCUCCGCUAGGGAUCAAACCCUGGACCUCUGGCUUACAAGUCUUAGGCUCAACCAAUCGAGCUAAAGAGAAGUUCUCUCUAGCCAAGCGAUAUAUUGCGGCUAGUAUUUACCAGGGUUACACUACCGCCAAGAUGUCAUUACUGCAGUGAACUAGAAUGUUUAUGUGUUCAAAUAUGAUUGUGGCAGUGCCCAAACAUACUAUAUAGUCCUCUAUUUGACUGCCAUUUUAUUCAGUGUUAGAUGAUAGCAGGUAAGUGUGAGCUCUGUAGUCUGCGUUGAAAAGAAAUCUUAACGAUGUGUGCAAUAUAAGUUGCAUCAGACUUAAUAUUUUUUCUCAUAAAUACAUGUAUAAAAAUGUAUAUUGUGUGUAGAUUUCACUUAUCUAUACUUGCUCAGUAAAGAUUGAUAGCCCAUAUUAUGAACAUUUUCAGACCAAUAGUACUUGAGUUUUUGUCUACCUGUGAGAAAUCUGAAAUGAUUUUGAUCAUGUCUUCCCUGGUAAUAGCAUUCAGACAGUAUGAGCGUAGUGAUUGUUAACCCUUUCACCACUGUAGACCAUGAUGGACUCAUCCAGAUCAAUGCAUGGUAGAGCUACUAAAGUCACAUAGGGGUGAAAGGGUUAAGGAGAGAACAACGCCAGGGUACGUCACUGUGGGUUACCAAUAACUAUAUGUUUUACUGUAUGUGUAAAACAGUCAAUGUCGCACAUUUCUCCAGGAGUCGAUGAUUUAACAGAUUUGUCUAUCUGUAGAAGGCCAUCCUCUGUCCGUUUUUUGUUUUGGUAGUUUAACUUUGAGGUUGGAUUAGUAUCUGUUGCUGUUAUCAGAGUAUUGAAGCAGAGCAGUGAUGAUGAUUUGGUUUGUUUGGUUUGUUAGAGUUUUACAUCCUAUUAACCUGUCAUGUAAGGAUGUACCAGGUGGUGGUGGUGGAUGAAAACCGCAGUACCAAGAGAAAAACCACCGACCAGUGGCUCGUUGGUCCUGGCUGGGGUUGUGUAUUGUAUAGAGUGGGGGUGAGGAUGUGUUUAAUGUCUCGUUGGUCCUGGCUAGGGUUGUGUAUUGUAUAGAGUGGUGGUGAGGAUGUUUUAUGUCUCGUUAGUCCUACCCAGGGUUGUGUUGUAUUCCCGUCUAAUCUGUUGUAAGAAAGAAUGUCCCAUUGUUUGUUGACGUGUAGGAUAUGUUAGUUCUGUUAUAGCAUUGAAACAGCAUUUAUUAGAGAAAGAAAUAUUGUGCAUGAUUGUUUUCAUUUGUAUUUUUGCUAUUAUUUUGUAUUUUGCCAAAUCAGCAAAGGUUAGAACCUCUACAGACAAGUGAGGUUUUGUAGAGUAGAGUUCACCAUAUCUCUCAUUGAUUAAUUUAUAUAUCCUCAGUAAUUAUAACAGAGAUAAUUAAAAACAAUUUGUUUCCAAAACCUGUUAUUGUUCAGAUUCUGAACUACAUUUCACUGACACCUAUUUCAGGCACCAAACCUUUUUUGGUUCAAGUUUAAUGAGCAAUGAUACUUAUUUCAUCACUUGUUUAUAAGGAAUGAAGGGUAAAUCUUCCAUAGAAUUUAAGAGCAGUGACAACGGACACAUUCUAAUGUAAUAUAAAUGUGUGUGAAAUAGUGACAACGGACCUAUUCUAAUUGAAUGUAAAUGUGUGUGAAAUGCACAACACUUCAUUACCACAUACAUUAGAAUGGAAAAUAUGCACUUGAUUUCGUGAAAUGACUGAAAUAAUGAUAUAGUGUUAUAUAUGUAGUCCUCUUGUCUUCAAAGGAUAA